GUUUAGCCAGUUAAUUGUUGGCUAUAGUGUCGAAGAACAUAAAGUUCUAAAGUUGCCGCUGACAGAGCGUAAGAGAGAAAAAGAGAGCUAGACUAAAAUGGCAGAAAGUGUAGUGUCUUUUGCAAGUCAGCAUGUGCUUCCAAAAUUUCUGGAAGCUGUAAAAAUGCUGAGAGAUCUCCCAAAAGAAGUUGCAGAAGUUACAGAUGAACUAGAAAGCUUUCAAGACUUCAUCCGAGAUGCAAAUAAAGUGGCUGAAGCUGAAGAAGAUAUCAAUAGACGCGAUAGAAUAAGAAAAAGGUUGAUGAGGCUGAGAGAAGCGGCUUUUCGCAUGGAAGAUGUAAUCGAUGAUUAUGUGAUAUGUGACGAAAAACAACCUGAAGAUGAUCCUCGAUGUGCAGCUUUACUCAGUGAGGCUAUUGAGUUUAUUAAAACUCAGAUCCUUCGCCUUCAAAUAGCGUAUCAGAUUCAGGAUGUUAAGUCACUUGUUCGAGCCGAAAGAGAUGGCUUCCAAAACCAUUUUCCUAUAGAACCAAGAUUACACAGUUGUAUAGGAAAUGAACAUUUCACAUGGCAUAAACUUCGAAUGGAUCCUCUUUUUAUUCAGAAGGAUGAGGUUGUUGGCCUUGAUGGCCCUAUACAAACACUGAAAAAGUGGUUGACAGAGGGUAGAGAAGAACGCACUGUCAUCUCUGUUGUAGGAAUGGCAGGAUUGGGAAAAACCACUCUUUCUAAGCAAGUCUUUGACAGGGUACACACAGACUUUGAGUGUCAUGCAUUGAUCACAGUGUCUCGGUCCUAUACUGUUGAAGGGUUGCUGAGGGAUUUGACGAACAAGCUUUGUAAAGAAAGACUGGAGGAUCCUCCUCGAGAUGUUGCAACUAUGAAUCAAAUGUCACUGAUAGAAGAAGUCAGAAAUCGUUUGAACAAUAAGAGGUAUGUUGUCUUGUUUGAUGACGUAUGGAAUAAAACAUUUUGGGAUGACAUUGAAUUGGCUCUGAUCGACAAUAAAAAUGGAAGUAGGAUAUUAAUCACUACCCGGGAUGAGAAGGUCGUGGAUUUAUGUAAGAAAUGUUUAUUUUUUGAGGUACAUAAGCUACAACCAUUAAGUAAAGAAAAAUCACUGGAGUUGUUAUGUAAGAAGGCAUUUGGGUAUGGUUUUGAUGGAAGCUGUCCAAAAGAUUAUGAAGAAGUAGGUCUGGAAAUUGUUAGAAAGUGUGAGUGCUUACCUUUAUCAAUUGUGGCCAUCGGUAGUCUUUUAAACAGAAAAUGUAAAAGUCCAUCUGAAUGGGGCCUGUUUAGUCAAAAUCUAAGUUUAGAGUUGGAGAGCAAUUCCGAGUUAGACAGUGUAAAAAAAAUUUUAGGCUUGAGUUACGAUGAUUUGCCACAGAAUCUGAGGUCAUGUUUAUUGUAUUUCGGAAUGUAUCCAGAAAAUUACGAAGUUAAAUGUGAUAGAUUAAUUCAGAUGUGGAUAGCUGAAGGGUUUGUCAAACAUGAAAGUGGAAGAAAUUUAGAAGAAGUUGCACAACAACAAUUAAUAGAGUUGAUUAGUAGAAGUUUGGUGCUAGUAUCAUCAUUUACCAUAGAUAACAGAGCAAAAUUAUGUCGUGUUCAUGACUCAAUACAUGAAAUGAUCCGUGGAAAAACUAAGAAUACAGGGUUCUGUGAGUAUAUUGAUGUGAAUAAUCACUUGGAGUCAAGUGGUCCCAUUCGACGCUUAACAAUAGCAACAAGUUCCAAUGAUUUAAGUGGAACUAUAGAAGGAUCACAUCAUAUUCGGUCAAUUAUAAUUUUCGGGAGGAGGGAAGUCUUAUCUGAACAAUUCACCAGCCACUUGCUUUCAAAAUACACGCGGUUGAAGGUACUUGAUUUUGGAUAUGCUCCAUUAUAUGAUGUUCCUGAAAAUUUGGGGAGUUUAAUUCACUUAAAGUAUCUAAGCUUCUGGAGUACAUUCAUAAGAAGCCUUCCGAAAUCCAUUGGUAAGCUGCAGAACUUGGAGACCUUAGAUGUACGAGCAAACAGGGAGAUUGAGGUACCAAAGGAGAUUACGAAGCUUAGAAAACUACGUUGUCUUUUGGGUAACCGAAUGUCUGCCAUUGCAGUGAAGGAUAGUAUUGGAAGCAUGACAUCCCUCCAAAUGAUGCAUAUAUUGAUAGAUCCAGAUGGAGUGGUGAUUAGAGAGCUUGGAAAGCUAAAGCAAUUGAGGGAUAUGAGACUUUCUAAUGUUAUGGGACAUCAUUCUGAUACUCUUUCUUCCUCAAUAAACCAGAUGCAACUCUUGGAGCGACUAGAUAUCUUCGUACAACACUUGAGUGAACCAAUUGACUUGCACAUUACAUCAUCCUUGUCUAAACUGAGGAAGCUUCACCUGUAUGCCAAUUUAAAAGAAUUCCCAAAUUGGAUUCCGCGACUCCAAAAUCUUGUGAAAUUGUCUUUGGUUCAGUCCAGGCUAACUAACAUUCCAUUGAUAUCUAUAGGAAAUAUGGCAAAUUUGUUGAUCCUCUCUUUCGGCUCCACUUCGUACGAAGGAGAAACUUUGCAUUUUGAAAAUGGAGGAUUUCAGAAACUAAAGGAACUAGAGCUCCAACGUUUGCAUCAAUUGAGCUCCAUUUUUAUUGAUAGCGGAGCACUGCAAUCUUUGGAAAAGCUUCAGAUAAUGAAUAUUCCAGAACUGAAGGCAGUACCCUCUGGCAUUCAAAACUUAAAGAAACUCCAAGUUCUCGACAUCUUAUAUAUGCCAACUGAGUUUCUGCAGAGGAUUGACCCCAAUGGAGGAGAAGAUUAUUUCAUGAUCAAACAUGUGCCCCAUCUACAUUUUGUCACCAAAAAUCGUGCUUUUCUGUUGGCCGAGAGAGCAGCUAAUAUUCUUUGUGGGGUUAUAGAGUAAGAAAUUCAAGUAUGGAGUUAGGAGUCUGCAUUUAGCGUAGAUGAGUGAGAUAAGCAAUAUACAAGAAGGUGGUGUCAGGUCUUCGUGGCUCGGGAUUCAUCGGAUCAAGAUUUCCCAGGUUUAAUAUACACUCUCCCUGGUAUGUUCACUACUCGAGGAACCCAACAUUGUUGAAAGUAAAUAUUUAAAAAUUUUAGUUUUGUAAGUACAUAUGCAAGUGAUGUUGCAUAUUGCUUUUGGGAUGGUCUUUGGACAUGCAUGGAGAAGUUUGUCUCUGUUCUGAAUUUUAGUAUUUUGAUGGGAGUACUGUUUCCUGUCCAAUUUGUUUGAUUAUCUUAAAUAUGUUGUGGAGUGUUAAAAUUUAAAAAGAAGUAGUUGAUUUAUGUUUAUAAAUGAGUCAUCGGUACACCAAAAAAGUUUCAGAAA